AUGGAUGAGUGCGCUCCUGGACCUCAUGCUUUUCUCAUUGUGCUUAAAGUGGAGAAAUUCACCAAGCAGGAGCAGGAUGUCAUCAACCAAAUACACCAAUACUUCUCUGAAGAAGUCUUCAAAUAUGCAACAGUUCUCUUUACUCAUGGAGACCAGCUCAAGGAAGGACAGACAACUGAGGAAUUUGUCUGUCAGAAUAAGGCAUCGAGUGAUCUGGUGAAGAAGUGCGGAGGCCGCUGUCAUGUCAUUGAUAAUAAAUACUGGAAAGACAACCCAAAGGAUGAAUACAGGAAUAACCAGUUCCAGGUGAAGAAUCUACUUGACACACUAGACAAGAUAACUGAGGCAAACAAAGGAGGCUGCUACACCAAUGAUAUCCUACAAGCAGUGGAGAAAGAAAUACAGAAAGAGGAGGAGCUCAUUAGACAGUCAUCAGGAAACAUGUCAGAGGAGGAGAUCACACAGCAGGCGAAAGACAGCGUAUGGAAGAAGCUUUGGAUCAUACUGGCAGGUGUUUCAUUGUUAUGUGCAUUUCGAGCUUGUUUUGGUAAAGGCGCGAGUGUACUACUUUUGAUACAAACUUUUAAUGCCAAUAACUAAAUAGACAAUAGCAUCAAUGUCUUUGUCAUCCAGGAACUGCUGACACUCCAGCCACAUGAGGCCAGGCAAUGUCAUGCAUCAGAAGGAACCCAGGGCCCACUGUACCAGCAUAUGGUCUUACAAUGUGUCUGAGGAUCUCAUCCCGGUACCUAACAGCAGUCAGGGUACCUCUGGCUAGCACAUGGAGCUCUGUGUGACCCUCCAAGGAUAUGCCUCCCCAGACCAUCACUGACCCACCACCAAGCCGGUCAUGCUGGAGGAUGUUGCAGGCAGCAGAAUGUUCUCCAUGGCGUCUCCAGACUGUCAUGUCUGUCACAUGUGCUCAGUGUGAACCUACUCUCAUCUGUGAAGAGAACGAAGCGCCAGUGGCGAAUCUGCCAUUUUCGGUGUUCUGUUGCAAAUGUCAAUCAGGCUGCACAGUGCCGGGGUGUGAGUACAGGCCCCACUUGUGGACGUCAGGCCCUCAUGCCACCCUCAUGGAGUCUGCUUCUGACAGUUUGGGCAGAAACAUGUACACGAGUGGCCUGCUGAAGGUCAUUUUGUAGGGCUCUGGCAGUGCUCCUCCUGUUCCUCCUUGCACAA